AUGGCUAGAGUGCUAAAAUCCACCCAAUCAUGCCACUUCCCUUCCCCUUCAAGCUCCUGCGGAGGCAGCAAUGAUGGUAACAGAGACCCACAUUCUCUUUUUAACAUUCCUCUCGACGAAGAACAAGAAGAAGACGAAAGAAGCCAGAAAGAGAGAGAAAGAUUCGAGCUUUCGUCUUCCUUGGAGAUUCUCGCUUCUGCUAUCAGAAAGUCUUUAAUCGGUGGCUGCGUUGGCCAAGAGAUAAAUAUUUCUUCAAUGGAGAUUGGUGUCCCUACAGACGUUAGACACGUCGCUCACGUCACCUUCGACCGUUUCCACGGCUUCCUCGGCUUGCCCGUUGAGUUCGAACCUGAAGUCCCUACACGCCCUCCUAGUGCAAGUGCAAAGGUGUUUGGUGUCUCGACCGAGUCAAUGCAGCUGUCUUACGAUACUAGAGGGAACGUUGUGCCUACGAUACUCUUGAUGAUGCAGAGUCACUUGUACAGUAGAGGAGGGUUAAGGGUAGAAGGAAUCUUCAGGAUUAAUGGUGAGAAUGGUCAAGAAGAGUACAUAAGAGAAGAGUUGAACAAAGGUGUUGUACCUGACAACAUUGAUGUUCAUUGCUUGGCAAGUCUCAUUAAGGCUUGGUUUAGGGAGCUUCCUACUGGUGUGUUGGACUCACUCUCGCCAGAGCAAGUGAUGGAGUCUGAAAGCGAAGAAGAGUGUGUUGAGCUUGUGAGGAUGCUUCCUUCAACGGAAGCUUCUUUGUUGGAUUGGUCAAUUAAUCUGAUGGCUGAUGUUGUGGAGAUGGAAUGUCUUAACAAGAUGAAUGCGAGAAACAUAGCUAUGGUUUUCGCACCUAACAUGACUCAGAUGUUGGAUCCUUUGACGGCACUAAUGUAUGCUGUGCAAGUCAUGAACUUUCUUAAGACACUUAUUGUGAAGACGCUUAAGGACCGGAAAGAGUCUCGAGAUAGGUUGGUUCCAGGUUCGAACCCGGGUCCUAGGGACGAGAAUGGUGAUCAGGGCAGCAGACAGUUGUUGCAUCUCAUGGAAGUUAACAAGGAGGUUGCUUUGGAUACCGUUGAGGUGGAAAUGAAAGACAAAGAGGAGUCUGAAGUACAAGAAGAAUAUGCAGAACCUAGAGAGAUUCUUGGUGUAAAGUCGUCUCUGAAUAAAAGCUGUCAGUAUAAUAACAAUGGAGGUUUUGGAAAGAAACAGAAAGGUUGGGAGGAGAAGAGGAAGAUGAAGAAUGCUAGUAGUAUUGUGGGACGUGUGAAUUACAGAGUUGAGCUUUUUGAAGCUUGGCGGUGAAAAAAUAGAUUCCAUUCAUUCAUGUUCUUGAUCCAACUUUUGGGUUUUCUUGAUUUUGGUUUUGUGGGAUGGUUUUGUUGAUGGUUGCUUGUGUAUCAAGAGAUGCUGCAUUUCUGCAUAUAAAGUCAAAGAUAAGUUGUUUUUUGCUUCACUUCCUUAGGUUUUAAUUUGAAAGGCCAGAGUGUGCAUCUUUCCAGGAAUGGGCCACAUGUCCUUAUCACACAAGAUGUAUGUUCAUGUCAAAUGAUCUACGAGGAUAAUCCCAGUAUUGGUGAAAAACUUUUAACUUUUAUUGGUCUUAUAAUCCUAAGUCACAAG